UGUCCGAUCAGUAUCAUCGAUAUAUGUACUUCACAGGAAUAUUGGGUUACGGACUUGGAGUAGUCGGUUCAUCUAGCACGAGGUCGUCUUCUUUUACGUAGAUUUAGUGCAGCCCUGCAGCCGCUAUUCUAUCAGAAGCGAUUCCUGGUCGAGGUCAUGCAAUAAUACCGGUCAAACGAAUAACGCCGUCCCUUGCAUUAUGUACGGUAAAUAAAACCUCCCCACCGUCGGGGUAAGUACUCCUGCGACGAUGCUACGCCCCCUCGCUCUUUCCCUUGUCAGCACGGCACUUUUGGUGUCAGCGUCACGGCCGGCUCAAGUCGUUCGCGACAUCGCCUUCUCCAAGAACGUCUCUCACUGUCCAGGCUAUACCCUCACCUCUCUUGCCGAACUCCAACACGGUCUCUCUGCACAGUUACAGCUUGCAGGCCCAGCAUGCAAUGCAUUCGGGUCGGACAUCGCCAAUCUCACGCUCGAGGUAACCUACCAAUCCCAAUCUACCAUCCGUGUUGCAAUAUUCGACACCGCCGAAGACCAGUUCAGAAUCCCUACUUCAAUUAUUCCGCCUCCUCCCCUUCCAACGAAGUCCCUCAUCAAUGAUUCUGAUCUUGUAUUCAACUACGACCCUUCUCCCUUCGCGUUCUGGAUCACCCGCCGCUCGGACCCCGAUGCGAUGCCCAUCUUCGACACUCGUAUCUCAUCGCUACCGACCACUCCUAUUCCUCCAUUCAAUGCUUCCGAUCCGAGCACUGCAUUCGAUGGGUUCCCGCUCGUGUUCGAAGACCAGUAUCUCCAGAUUACAUCGGCCCUUCCUCUCGGCACCAACAUCUAUGGCUUAGGUGAAGUCAUUGCAAGCAGUGGUUUUCGUCGUGAUAUCGGUACGGGGGGUGGUUCGGGCACGAUUCAGACUCAUUGGAAUCGUGAUGCUGCCGAUCCUAUUGAUGAGAACAUCUACGGUUCUCAUCCCAUUUAUCUGGAACAUCGGUACAACGAGACCACUGGCAAAGCCACUGCGUCUGGUGCCCUUCUCCUCAGUGCUUCGGGUUCUGACAUCCUGCUGCAAACACCUCCCAGUUCCCCAGUGUCCCUGAUCCAAUACCGCAUGCUUGGUGGAACCUUCGACUUCCACUUCUUCAGCGGUCCAAGCGAUGUAGAUGUCAUCGCACAGUACGGAGCUGUAAGCGGUUAUCCGUUCAUGCCUCCAGCUUGGGGCUUUGGAUUCCAUUUGUGUCGAUGGGGAUAUCAUGAUGUCAAUGACGACAUUGCGAAUGUGGAAGCAAUGCGUGAGGCAGGCAUUCCUCUUGAAGUCCAAUGGAAUGACAUCGACCUUUACCACGCCUUUCGGGACUUUACAACUGACCCUGUCAGUUUUCCAACAGACGAGGUCAGGUCAUUCAUUGAGAAUCUGACAACGAACCACCAGCAUUAUAUUCCGAUCGUAGAUGCAGGUAUCGCUCUGACGGUGAAUGAUACGGACGUGUACGACCCAUUCACGAGAGGUUCGGAAAUGAAUGUGUUCAUGAAGAAUCCAGAUGGAUCUCUGUAUAUUGGACAGGUGUGGCCUGGGUACACCGCGUUCCCGGACUGGUUCUCGGACAACGCAGUGGAGUGGUGGACAGAAGCGUUGAUGAACUGGAGCGCGAAUGGGGGUGUUGAAUUUAGUGGAAUAUGGCUCGACAUGAACGAAGUAAGCUCGUUUUGUGGAUAUUCGUGUGGUACGGGUGCGAACUUUUCAGCACUUGCUCCGUUGAGUGUCGUCAAUAUCACGGUGGUUGGGUAUCCCGAGUGUUAUAACGAGACAGUUUCGGGCCCCAGCGGGAAUAUGACUGUUAAUGGGACGCCAACAUAUUCGUGUUCAGACAUGAGUGGGAGUAGGGCGAGCGUGGUGGUGAGGACUAAUACUAGGACAGUGACGAGUGCGCGAAGGAGCGUUGGCACUGGUAUCGGUGCCGGUGGGGAAACAGGUAUCAAUGUGACUUAUCCGCCCUACGCGAUACACAACAGUUUCGGGGCUCUUUCGGUAAACACCGUUGCCACGAAUGCAACGCACGCAGGUGGUUAUCUCGAACUGGAUGUGCACAACCUCUUUGGAACGAUGGAAGCUCACGCGACGUACUUGGCGUUGCAGAAGGUCAGGCCUGGAAAGAGACCUUUUGUCAUCGGAAGGUCGACGUUUGUAAGUCAAGGAAGGUGGGCAGGGCAUUGGCUCGGUGAUAACUAUAGCAAGUGGGAGUAUAUGUACUUGAAUAUCCAGGGUGUACUCCAGUUCCAAAUAUACCAAAUCCCUAUGGUGGGUGCUGAUACGUGUGGAUUUAAUGGGAACACAAACGAAGAGCUAUGUAAUCGAUGGAUGCAACUUUCCGCCUUCAUGCCGUUUUAUAGGAAUCAUAAUAUGUAUGCAGCAUUGCCUCAGGAGCCAUAUCGGUGGGAUAGUGUUGCAGAUGCGUCAAAGAUAGCUAUACGAGCACGGUACUCGUUACUGCCCUAUUGGUACACCCUUUUUGCGAACGCAUCUACGGCUGGUUUACCGCCAAUCCGAGCUUUAUUCUAUGAGUUCCCAGAUGAACCCGAACUUUUCACCGUUGAUCGGCAGUGGCUCGUUGGGAAGGAUAUCCUCGUGACCCCUGUUCUCGAGCCCGGGCAGACGACUGUCCAAGGUAUAUUGCCUGGUCGUGGAGACGUCAUAUGGCGAGACUGGUGGACGCAUGUACCCGUUUCGGUUUCGCCAACCAAUACAUCAAAUCAAUCAGCGACGGUAACUCUCCAAGCUCCCAUCAGCCAUAUCAAUGUCCACAUCCGCGGAGGAUCUAUUUUGCUCUUGUACGAUCAACCGGGGUAUACGAUCUACGAAACGAUGAAUGGACCGUAUGCAUUACUCGUGUCGCUCGAUGGAGAUGGACAAGCUUGGGGUGAUGCGUUCGUGGAUGCGGGAGAUGGAGAAUUUGACGCCAUGGGUGGCACUGGCAGCAGUUCAAACAGCACCCUGGCAAGGAGAUUGAACUUUGAAGUGUGCGGGGGCUCACUGAGGGUCAAAACACAAUGGGGGGCAUAUAAUAUCGAACAGAAGGUGGAGACGAUCACCAUCCUCGGAGUUGGGAAGGAACCGGACAGCGUAGUUGUGCAGGGAGAGGUAGUGAAUGGGUGGGUGUACAAUGGGGGGAUUGGAGAGCUGGUUGUGGCAGGUGCAGAGGUGAAUUUAAAUGGGGAUGUUGAGGUGUCGUGGACGUAUUAGGGACAGGGUACUUUAAUAUUGUAGCACGCCUAUAUCCCGGGCACGCCAACUAGCACUGGAAUGCUGGCAACCCAUCAUUGCCCGCGAUGCUCGAGGUUUGUUGGUAGGGAGACUUGUAUACACACGAGAACUGAUAUAGGAGAGUGCACCUCAACCACUUCGAUCCCAGAUGCGCCAGAAUGUCAUAGGCAGAGAGAACUGACCACAACACCCUUUUAACGUCAG